AAGGAAAGAAAGAAAGAAACUUCCUAGCCCUUGUUCUGCUACGCUGUUCCCAUCGUAAGAUGCUCCGUGGAAGGGAGCCGAGCGGUGGGCAGCGGCUGAGUCCCCGAUAACGAGCGCCUCACAUUUCCGUGGCAUUCCCAUUUGCUAGUGCGCUGCUGCGGCCGCACGCCUGAUUGAUAUAUGACUGCAAUGGCACUUUUCCAUUUGACAUUCUCUCUCUCUCUCUCUCCCUCUCUCUCUCUCUCUCUCUCUCUCUCCCUCUCUCUCUCUCCCUGUGUCGCUUAAACAACAGUCCUAACUUUUGUGUGUUGCAAAUAUAAAAGGCAAGCCAUGUGACAGAGGGACAGAAGAACAAAAGCAUUUGGAAGUAACAGGACCUCUUUCUAGCUCUCAGAAAAGUCUGAGAAGAAAGGAGCCCUGCGUUCCCCUAAGCAGAACAACAGUUUCGUUGAUGAGUUGCAAAUGGAAGGAAGCGGACCUCUCAAUUAGAGAUUCCCAUUUAAGAGCCUCAAUGUAAACCUCCCUGUGACAUCCUUAAAAGAUGCUGCUAAUGUCCCUGGGACCAAAAGCUGUGCAGCAGAUACUGUGAUGAUGGAUUGCAAGUGCAAAGAGUAAGACAAAACUCCAGCACAUAAAGGACAAUGACAACCAGAAAGCUUCAGCCCGAUCCUGCCCUUUCCUUGAACGGGACUGGAUCCUAGGAGGUGAAGCCAUUUCCAAUUUUUUGUCCUCUGCCUCCCUCUGCUGUUCUUCUGGAGAAGUAUUUCCUUACAACAAUGAGAAAACAUGUACUAGCUGCAUCCUUCUCUAUGCUCUCCCUGCUGGUGAUAAUGGGAGAUACAGACAGUAAAACGGACAGCUCGUUCAUAAUGGACUCGGACCCUCGACGCUGCAUGAGGCAUCACUAUGUGGAUUCUAUCAGUCACCCAUUGUACAAGUGUAGCUCAAAGAUGGUGCUCCUGGCCAGGUGCGAGGGGCACUGCAGCCAGGCAUCGCGCUCCGAGCCUUUGGUGUCGUUCAGCACUGUCCUCAAGCAACCCUUCCGUUCCUCCUGUCACUGCUGCCGGCCCCAGACUUCCAAGCUGAAGGCGUUGCGGCUGCGAUGCUCAGGGGGCAUGCGACUCACUGCCACCUACCGGUACAUCCUCUCCUGUCACUGUGAGGAAUGCAAUUCCUGAGGCCCGCUGCUCUGUGUGGCUUCUGGAUGGGACAACUGUAGGAGCAGUUCGACCAGCCAGGGAAAGACUGGCAAGAAAAGAGUUAAGGCAAAAAAGGAUGCAACAAUUCUCCCGGGACUCUGCAUAUUCUAGUAAUAAAGACUCUACAUGCUUGUUGACAGAGAGAGAUACUCUGGGAACUUCUUUGCAGUUCCCAUCUCCUUUCUCUGGUACAAUUUCUUUUGGUUGAUUUUCAGAUUCAGACAUUUUCUCCCUUGGAUCUCGAUGCUGUUUGGGUUUCCAACAAUUCAGCAUUAGUGGGAAAAAGUGGGCCCUCAUACACAAGCAUGUCAGGUUGUCAGUGUUUGGUGCAUAUUGAGGAAGAAUUUACUUUGGAAAGUAGAAAAGCCCAGCUCUUUCUGGGACAUCUUCUGUUAUUGUUGAUGUUUUUUUUACCUUGUCAUUUUGGUCUAAGGUUGCCAUUGCUGCUAAAGGUUACCGAUUUCAAAUUCCAGAUACCAAGCAUGUGGAUAUGUUUAGCUAGGUUUACUCACAGCCAGCGAACUGACAUUAAAAUAACUAACAAACAGAUUCUUUUAUGUGAUGCUGGAACUCUUGACAGCUAUAAUUAUUAUUCAGAAAUGACUUUUUGGAAGUAAAAGCAGCAUAAAGAAUUUGUCACGGGAAGGCUGUCUCAGAUAAAUUACGGUAAAAUUUUGUAAGGGAGCAGACUUUUAAAGACUUGCACAAAUACGGAUCCUGCACUGACUCUGGAAAAGGCAUAUAUGUACUAGUGGCAUGGAGAAUGCACCGUACUCAUGCAUGCAAAUUAGACAACAAAGUAUGAAUCUAUUUGUGGGUGUGCUAUAGCUUUAGCCGUGUCGCGGGCAUCAUUCUCUAAUAUCCACUUGUCCAUGUGAAAUGUGUUGCCAAAAUGGUGGCCUGGCUUGUCUUCUGAACAUUUGGUUCAAAUGCGUUUUGGUCCUGGAGGCUCAAAUUUUGAGUUAUUCCCAUGUUUUGAAAUAAAAAGAGAGUAUCUUCAAAA